AUGUUCCAUCGCAUCCCCUGCGACAAAUAUGCAUUUCCUCUCCUAUUCCUCCUGGCCUCCAGCUAUUCUUUCGAGUACCUGAAGCACCCAGAGGAUGUCUUGGUUGCCGUGCGCCCAGUUGGGCGGCUGAUGGAGUAUGGAGCCUACAGGAACUUCUCGAUUGAGCUGGGCAUCGUGGGCCUGAGCCCUCGUUCCAACUACACGCUCUCCAGUCGUCUUGUGUUCCAGGACUUAAACACUGAGAUGAUUUGGUGCGAGCGGUUCGCGUGCGUGGGGAGAUGGGUGCUGGCCAACCAGGGGGACGUGCAGCAUGUGGUGGAGAUGAUGCCGCUGCCUUCGGGGAGUUAUCGGAUCGAGUUGGAGAUCCGGGACAACCACCCGGACUAUGAGAACGAGGAGGAUGCGAUCAUGACGAUGUACAACAAGGUCGUCUUCGUCGUGCCUGUCCUAACGGCCCUCCGCCAUGCUCCCGGGGAGGCGAAGACCAUUGUCUGCAUCCCCGUCCUGCCGCGCCGGAAUGGCAAGAGGUAUGUCGACCAGGCGAUCGAAUCCGUCGGAGCCAGCGAUGUGCCAGUGGACCUGAUGAUGAUGCUGAACGAAGGGGAAGCGAAGCCGGAGGCAGCCCAUCACCUUGUGGUGAGGAGGGACAAGGAGAUCAAGGCGCCUUGCCUUUUCCUGACUUGGAGGAGAAGUUUGAUCCUCGACUUCAUCCAUAUGAUGGAGGAGGCUCUCAAGGUUGGGAACCCAACCUGCUUUCUUCCUCCCUUCGCUGACAUUUGCCGUUGGGUCAGCAAGCAGCAGAGCACUUCGUGUGGUUGGAGGACGACAGCGUCUUGCUCCCCUGAGAGCCGGUCUCGCUGUAUGAUCGCCCUUCAUGAGUGCAACUGCCACAGCUGUGAGAAGAUUGGAGUCUACAACGGAGUGGGGAUGGUGGCAGUCCUCUUUUUUCGCAGCAGUCUGGUCGGAUUCAUUGACUUCUUGCGGAAAGAGGAGGGGAAGGGAAACUUUUUUGUUCCCCUGGACGAGCAAGCUCUUCGAUACUGCAAGAGGUCCUCCUCCCUCCCUCCCGCAAGCUUCUACCUUCCCACGGCUGCGAUCCACAUGGGGGAUGUUGCUUUGGGGACGACAAAACCUGACAUGCGAAUGAAACUGAACAUCUCUUAUCCUCGCGAUGGCGAAGUGUUCAACUCUUCCCAGAUUGUCGGGAUGGGGAUUUCGGUUUCUGGGUUCGUCUUUGAUGCAGAAUAUGCUUGGCUGUUGCGAAUCAACGACAAGUUCGUUCAUCAGAGGAACUUCCAGGUUCCCGCACCGGUGGAUCAUUUUGAUUGCACCGACAAUGCAGUAUGGGCCGAUCACGUGAAACGGUUGAAUCUGCUGAUCGGGAAGAAUGUUGUGGAAGUGAAGAUCUACGAGCUCGAGUCUCAUGUCAACCAGCAGUUGAUUGAAGCCAGCAUCACAGUUGUUGUUGCAGAUCCUGAGAACUCUAGUGGAAUUGAUUCCACUAGUCCCACGCGUGUUCACAAAAGGCAGAUGCUGCAUUCGAUGGGAAUUGUUCACUCCUCGAUCGUCUUGGUGGAGGUCGACCAGACAGGAGAAGAGCAAAGUUGUGCAGUUGGAUCUAUCAUCCCAACCCUCCUCUCAGGCAACGCAGAGGAUGGCUGCGAAUUUCGGUCGGAAGCCCUGAGGCAGCUCAUCCGGAGCAACGUGGUGGAGGGAGUCAACAUGUUGGGUCAAGUUGCGAAGUUGAUGGAGGACUUGCCCUCGUCCGCUCACGUGCUGUUUCUCGAUGUGCAAGAGGAGGCGUGCCACGAGUGCUGCCUCCUCGGGUGUGCAGCCAUCAAGGCGCAGCAGGGGAACAGAAGCCAUGAUCUUCAUCAGGAGAGGAGCCAUGAGGUGUAUGGAGGAAGCGGCGGAUGUCACGGGGGGGGGAUCUGGGGUUCCGAGUAUUCACUGCGGUUCCUCCAGUCUCCUUCUCGGAUGGACAGGAGAAGCAUCGUUGGCUCAAGGCCAUGCCAGGCAGAGGGAUGUAGCAUCCAGUGGAGAUAA